AUGGCAGCUGCUCAGGUUAUUUCCAAUUCGGGGCAUGAUGAUAUGAUCCACGAUGCCGGUCUGGAUUACUAUGGCCGCAGACUGGCGACAUGCUCGUCGGAUAAAACAAUAAAAAUAUUUGAAAUCGAAGGCGAAACACACAGAUUGAUUGAAACUCUGAAAGGACAUGAGGGCGCAGUGUGGUGUGUCACAUGGGCGCACCCCAAAUUCGGCACAAUCCUAGCCUCUUCCUCGUACGAUGGAAAGGUGCUCAUCUGGCGUGAACAGCAUCAAAGCACGACUUCCCCUGUUGCUGGCAGUUACUGGACAAAGGUUUUUGAUUUCUCUCUCCAUACUGCAUCAGUGAAUAUGGUCUCCUGGGCUCCGCAUGAGAAUGGAUGUCUUCUUGCCUGCGCUUCUUCGGAUGGCCAUGUCAGCGUUCUUGAGUUCCGCGAUAACAGCUGGACUCACCAGAUCUUUCACGCUCACGGAAUGGGUGUAAAUUCCAUCAGCUGGGCCCCUGCAGCGUCUCCUGGUAGUCUGAUCAGCUCGAACCCUGGACCUGGCCACCAACGAAGGUUUGUUACCGGCGGAAGUGAUAAUCUGCUCAAAAUUUGGGACUAUAACCCGGAAACAAAAACCUAUAAUCUCACUCAAACUUUGGAGGGUCACUCCGACUGGGUCCGAGACGUCGCUUGGUCGCCGAGCAUACUGUCCAAAUCCUAUAUCGCAUCUGCCUCGCAAGACAAAACGGUCCGUAUCUGGACUUCCGAUGCAUCGAACCCAGGCCAGUGGACCAGCCAGCAACUUGAGUUCGAUAGCGUCCUUUGGAGGGUUAGCUGGAGCCCCAGCGGAAAUAUCCUUGCUGUUGGUGGAGGAGACAAUAAGGUCAGCCUGUGGAAGGAAAACCUUAAAGGGCAGUGGGAAAAGGUAAAGGACAUCGAGGAAUAG